AUCGCAGAUAGACAAUCGGUAUAGAUAGAGAAAGGGCAGUCAUGCCUACUCCGGAGUAAAAGGAAGAGAGAGCAAGAGAGAGAGAGGGGAACAAUCUUUUGAUAUUUCGUAGCGGGAUGUCGUUGAAGACUGUGCCUUGUGUUGUGGCGGUCGUCCUGAUGUUCACCUCCUUUCCGUACUACAGUGGAUUUCCAGCAUGUCCGUUUAACCAAACUGAUGCAGUCGGAGUAAAACUUGAUGUAUUCCCUGUGAAAUUUUUUCACCGAGUCGGACCAAACGAUUGUUAUGAGAAAUGCCAAGUUCACGGUGAUUGUCUAUCUGUAAAUUAUCAUCGGAUAAAUAACUACUGCGAGUUACUAAACCAGAAGAAAAGCGAAACGAACAUUUUUACACCUAACCCUAAUUUUGAUUACAUGGAACUGGAAACUAUAGUUGAUCAAAGUGACAAACACUGUGGCGGGGUUACCUGUGAUCGUUUUUCCACCUGUGUUUUCACUAUCUCCAAUAGCAUCUGUAUUGUAACAGAAUGUUUUGCACCAUACCCUGCUUUACACAAUGGUCACCUGAGUGUGCGGACGUUUUCACCAAUAACUGCUACCUAUGCCUGUAAUAGUGGAUACACAGGAGUAGGGCCGGUAAACAAGAUUACCUGUCCACCUGGAGGAACCUGGUCGGCCAUGAGCUACACAUGUUACCCUCCAGUUCAUGGUGGCUGGGGUGGAUGGAAUAACUGGGGAAACUGUCCAGUCACUUGUGGAGGGGGAUAUCAUUCCCGUCAACGGUCGUGCAAUAACCCCUCACCAAAAUACGGCGGAAAUAAUUGCGGGGGAAAAUCAAACGAAACCGUGGCAUGUAACACGGACGGCUGUCCAACUCCCUCUACCAGUUAACAGAAGCCUUUAUGGACAAGUUUCAAUUGAAAACUCUAAAUUAUCCGGAAACUUUUAUCCGUAUCAAAAAUUUGACUUUUAUACAGACAUUUUUCAUUAUAAUUCUAAUGUUAGUAUUCCCUAAUGCCACACAACAAUAUGUUUGGCGUAGUUGAUCCACGGAGAACUACCAUUCAAUUACACAGGGAGUACGAGCAACCAAUACUUUUUUCUUCAAACUCAAACCCAACGUGUUUAUUUAUACCAUUUUAUCCAUCGUAGGCAAAUUUGCAAUACUAGUAACUUUGUAAAAUGCAUGGAUAUCAUCUAAACAUUUCAUUUUAUUUCAAUUAAUUUAUACAGUUUUAAAGAAAAAUAACAAUUUUAGAAUGACAUAAUACUUUGAGGCUGAGUAUCAUAGAAUCUAAGGAGAAAAAAAUAUUUACAGAUUAAGAAAAAUCCACAAAGAAACAAAAAAAAAUAAGAAUUACAAACACCCCCCCCCCCCCUGAACACAAAAUAAACAACAAUCCAGUUUCCAAAAACAACAGUUUUUAACCGGGUUUUCCAACGGAAAAAUCCUAUUUUUUAAAAUGGUUGAAAUGGCAGGCGGGCGGGCGGCUGCCAAAAGGGUACCCUCAUUGUACGAAUAACUCCUCCUACAGUUUUCAAGAUAGGAAGUUAUUUUUUUGUAGAUCAAUUGAACACAUAUCAGAGGUGUGCAUAUUGCUAGGAUUUUGAUUUCCGAUAAUUUAUGAAAAGAACCCCAGCUUUUGAACUUAGUCAUUUUUUGGCAAAAUAUUGCAUAUAGGGUACUUCAUUUCACAGGAUACGGUUGUACCCCUAUUUUGAGACGGCCCCUCAGAAGGUCGAUUUUCGUGAAACUUCGCAGAUAAACUAGAAAUGGUGUAAAUGAUAUAUGGUUUAAUAAUAAAGAGUUUCGCUAUUGUAGUUUUUCCGCAAAAAACCCGAACCGGCCUCAUUUAGCUUGCCGCUGGCAUAUUACCUAAAAAUUGGACAUUCAACAGCAUCUCGUAGUUGGUUUGCUCAGCAUGAUUAGACAUGGUCUACUGUGCUAAAAAAAUCGAGAUGUGAGAAAUGGUGUGCACUUUUGGGAAGCAAGAGGGUUUGCAUGACAAAAAAUGUUAAAAAAUGAAUAAAGUCGGUACGUGAUCAAUUCUACAAUACAUGUAUUAAGCUAUUCAGGCUUUAUCGGGUUUGAUCACGUGUUCGACUGUUAUGGUCAUUCCAUGAAAGUGAAAGAAUGAAUCUCUUUUUUGAAUAAGUGAUGAUAGAAGCGACUUUAUGAAAUAUAAAAAAUGUUUUUCUGAAUAUUCUUCUUUGACAGUUGCAUUAAAUGCUUAAAAAUCAAUUUUUCUCUCCAAUUAAAAAAUGGUUCAAAACCAUUCAGAUUGAAUAUUAGUGAUAUUGAGUCUGUACACAAAAUAUGUUAAUCCAUAUUUGAUAUAGAUAAUAUUAUAUGUUUGAUUCAUGAUUAUUUCAAAUGUAGAUAGACAUCAUAGGAGAAAGUAUGACAUCCCAGCAUAUAUCAGCAACCCCUUUUUAUACAGUGAUUCAAACAAAAUACACCUUGAUUUUUCAAAUGAGAGUAAAGAAAAACAAAAACCCUUGUUGGUGUUAAAAGCUUGGACAUGUUUUUUUUAUAGUAAUGGAUGGCACAUUAUCGAUGGUUUUGUAGACCAAGUAAUAUAAACUUCGCUCUUAUUUGUGUCCAUUUAAUGGAUAAAAAAAAAAUGAAAUCUAUGAACCUUAGUAAAAUAGAUGAUAUGUAUAUGAAAUACUUAAGCAGAUCGGGCAAGACAUUAUUUAUCACCAAACUCUACAGUCAUUAAAAAUACAGCGGGCAAAUAAUGUUUUCACAGAAAUGAAUGUUAAUGACAUAUAAAGUCACGUCGAACACGCAAAUUGAAAUUUUUAAAAGCUUUAAAAUGUGGGGCGGAGCUUCAUGUAAAAAUGUACUGGGAUUGAAUGUAAACACUGUUCGCCUACCAUAAACUUAAUAAAUUUAAAUUAUGAUGCAUAUCUUCCUUGCUGUUUCUUUUUAUCUUUGAUAAAAAAAUGAUUCUAUAGUGGUACAUAUAUCAAAUAUCAAGUACAUGCAAAAUAAAGGAGAA